GGUGGCGCGGCCUGUAGAACGGUGUCGGAGGCUGCUGCAGGAGAAGAUGGCGGUCGCAGUGAGAACUUUGCAGGAACAGCUAGAAAAGGCCAAAGAAAGCCUAAAGAACGUAGAUGAGAACAUCCGCAAGCUCACCGGGCGAGAUCCGAAUGACGUGAGACCCAUCCAAGCCCGAUUGCUGGCCCUUUCUGGUCCUGGUGGAGGUAGAGGACGUGGUAGUUUAUUGCUGAGGCGUGGAUUCUCAGAUAGUGGAGGAGGACCCCCAGCCAAACAGAGAGACCUUGAAGGGGCAGUCAGUAGGCUGGGCGGGGAGCGUCGGACAAGAAGAGAAUCGCGCCAAGAGAGUGACCCAGAGGAUGAUGAUGUUAAGAAGCCGGCACUGCAGUCUUCAGUUGUAGCUACCUCCAAAGAACGCACACGCAGAGACCUUAUCCAGGAUCAAAAUAUGGAUGAAAAGGGAAAGCAGAGGAAUCGACGAAUAUUUGGCUUGUUGAUGGGUACUCUUCAGAAAUUUAAACAAGAAUCUACUGUUGCUACUGAAAGGCAAAAGAGACGCCAGGAAAUUGAACAAAAACUUGAAGUUCAGGCAGAAGAAGAGAGAAAGCAAGUUGAAAAUGAAAGGAGAGAACUAUUUGAAGAGAGACGUGCUAAACAGACAGAACUGCGGCUUUUGGAACAGAAGGUUGAGCUUGCGCAGCUGCAAGAAGAAUGGAAUGAACAUAAUGCCAAGAUAAUUAAAUAUAUAAGAACUAAGACAAAGCCCCAUUUGUUCUAUAUUCCUGGAAGAAUGUGUCCAGCUACCCAAAAACUAAUAGAAGAAUCACAGAGAAAAAUGAAUGCUUUAUUUGAAGGUAGACGCCUCGAAUUUGCAGAACAAAUAAAUAAGAUGGAGGCUAGGCCUAGAAGACAGACAAUGAAGGAAAAAGAGCAUCAGGUGGUGCGUAAUGAAGAACAGAAGGCGGAACAAGAAGAGGGUAAGGUGGCUCAGCGAGAGGAAGAGUUGGAGGAGACAGGUAAUCAGCACAAUGAUGUAGAAAUAGAGGAGGCAGGAGAAGAGGAAGAAAAGGAAGUAGGUAUAGGGCAUAGUGAUGCAGAGAAAGAACAGGAGGAGGAGGAGCAAAAACAGGAAAUGGAGGUUAAGAUGGAGGAGGAAACAGAGACAAGGGAAAGUGAGAAACAACAGGAUAGUCAGCCUGAGGAAGUUAUGGAUGUGCUAGAGAUGGUUGAGAGUGUCCAGAAUGUAAUUGCUGAGCAGGAAGUGGUGGAAACUAAUCAAGUUGAAAGUAUAGAACCUUCAGAAAAUGAAACUAGCAAAGAAUUGGAGCCAGAGAUGGAAUUUGAAGUUGAGCCAGAUAAAGAAUGUAAAUCUCUUUCUCCUCCAAAAGAGAAUGUUAGUGUUGUAGAAGUGGAAAAAGGAUCAGAGGAAAAAGAAGAAAAAGAAUCUGAACCCCAACCUGAGCCUGUGGCUCAGCCUCAGUCCCUCCUUCCACCCCAGCCUCAGUCUCAGCCCCAGCAAGUACAUCAGCCCCAGCCUCUCUCUCAGCCUGAGACAUUGACAUUAGCUAUUUCACAGGCACCACCGCAGGUUAUUCAGGAACAAGAGAAUCAACUACCUGAGAGGAAAGAGUUUCCUGUUGAGCCUGUAAAGCUCACUGAGGUGCCAGUAGUGGAACCAGUUUUAACAGUGCACUCAGAAAGCAAAAGUAAAACCAAAACCAGGAGUAGAAGUAGAGGUCGAGUUAGAAAUAAAACAAGCAAGAGUAGAAGUCGGAGCAGUAGCAGCAGUAGUUCUAGUAGCAGUUCAACCAGUAGCAGCAGCGGAAGCAGUUCUAGCAGUGGCAGCAGUAGUAGUCGAAGCAGUUCUAGUAGUAGUUCCAGUACAAGUGGUAGUAGUAGCAGAGAUAGUAGCAGCAGCACUACUAGUAGCAGUGAGAGUAGAAGUCGAAGUAGGGGUCGGGGACACAAUAGAGACAGAAAGCACAGAAGGAGCAUGGAUCGGAAGCGAAGGGAUACAUCAGGAUUAGAAAGAAGUCACAAAUCUUCAAAAGGUGGUAGUAGUAGAGAUACAAAAGGAUCGAAGGAUAAGAAUUCCCGGUCUGACAGAAAGAGGUCUAUAUCAGAGAGUAGUCGAUCGGGCAAACGAUCUUCAAGAAGUGAGAGAGACCGAAAAUCAGACAGGAAAGACAAAAGGCGUUAAUGGAAGAAGCCAGCCUUUCUUAGCCUAUUCUUUGCAGCAGAAGAUUUCUUGAUGAGUUAAAGGAUUACCUUUCCUUGUAAGGAGGAUGCUGCCUUAAGAAUUGCAUGUUGUAAAAAAUCUUUUUGGAAAAUACAGACUGUUUGUUUACCAGACAUUCUUGUACUUUUUGCAUAAUUUUGUAAGAGUUAUUUAUCAAAAUUAUGUGAGGUUCCAAAAUAUGUAAAAAUAAUAAUAAUAAAAAGAUUAACAUCCCUUGUCAUCUUUUUUAAAUAUCCUAUAUGCUUCAGUAAGAAUCUGUAUAUUUUAAUAGGUAAAUCUUUUAAGUCUUUUCCCUUCUAAUUCUGUAUCAUACAUUACUUUUGUAGAAAUAAAUGUUCAUUUCAUUAUAUUUGAGAUGUCCUUGUUGACGCUUGUAUAAUAAAUAACCUCUUGAUAUCAUUUUCAGUUUUUAUCACUAGAAAAAGAUUAGAAUGUUUUUGAAGAUUUCCUCACUUACUUGGCCUUAGCUGUCAGGUCUUUGCAGCUUUGAAUGGGAAUAGUUCUCUUUAUAAUCAUUUACUAUUUUCUGAUCUCCCUUGUUAAUCUAAGCGUUUUCCUAUUUUUUGUUCAGACCGUAUAGUUGGUAGAUAACGUAAACUAGUACAUUUUGGUUGUCAUUUUCCUGAUUAUGGGAGCAUCAUUCUUCUGUCUUUGUGGUUACCUCUGUGCUAACAGUAUAUGCGAUCUGUUAAACUAAUAGUUACUUCUUUCUAAGGGAGGGAGGUAAAAGAAUCUUCUAAACUUGGAUUUCGAAUUUGUGGUCUUGUCUUAACGUUUGUGUUGGCUCUAACUUAAAUAUGCCAAUAUGUGUUUUAGAGAAGUUUUGUUCAAGGAACCAUUGUAUGGAAGUUUACAAAAUGAAGGAAGUUCAUCUAGACUUGACUAUGUAAGCAAGAUAACACGCUAAGUGUACCUGGUGAUAACUUUGUUGUUUUAUAAAUUUGUAUGGAGUAUUUGUUGCCCAUUACUAUACAUGUGCAAAUAAAUGUGGCUUAGACUUG